CUCCUUUAGGCAGCUGAAGGGGGAUUUAGGCCCGGAAGAUCCGAGUCCAUCCGCGGCGGGGAGAGGGCGAGCGGGGCCGGCGGGGGCCGGAGCAGCGGCGGCGGCGCUCGGACUGUCCCAUCCGCCCCGUAUUGAGGCGCUGGGAGCGGCGGGGCGGCCGGAAAGCGAUGGUGAAAGCGGGGCCGUGAGGGGCGGAGCCGGACGGGACCCGCAGUAGCGGCAGCAGCAGCGGCGCCGCCUCCGGGAGCGCAGACCCAGGAAGCGGCCGGGCGGGCAGGAGCGAGCCGCGCCGCCGCCAUGGAGCUGAGGGUCGGGAAUCGGUACCGGCUGGGCCGCAAGAUCGGCAGCGGCUCCUUCGGAGACAUCUAUCUCGGUACGGACAUUGCUGCAGGAGAAGAAGUGGCCAUCAAGCUUGAAUGUGUCAAAACCAAACACCCUCAGCUCCAUAUUGAGAGCAAGAUCUACAAAAUGAUGCAAGGAGGAGUGGGCAUCCCCACCAUCAGGUGGUGCGGGGCUGAGGGGGACUACAAUGUCAUGGUGAUGGAGCUGCUGGGGCCGAGCCUGGAAGACCUCUUCAACUUCUGCUCCAGGAAGUUCAGUCUCAAAACGGUUCUGCUGCUCGCCGACCAAAUGAUAAGUCGAAUUGAGUAUAUUCACUCCAAGAACUUCAUCCACCGAGAUGUGAAGCCAGACAAUUUCCUCAUGGGGCUGGGGAAGAAAGGCAACCUAGUCUACAUCAUUGACUUUGGGCUGGCCAAGAAGUACCGGGACGCCCGCACCCACCAGCAUAUCCCCUACCGAGAGAACAAGAACCUCACGGGGACGGCACGCUAUGCCUCGAUCAACACGCACCUCGGAAUCGAACAAUCUCGAAGAGACGACUUGGAGUCUCUGGGGUACGUGCUGAUGUACUUCAACCUGGGCUCUCUCCCCUGGCAGGGGCUGAAGGCUGCCACCAAGAGGCAGAAGUAUGAGAGGAUCAGUGAGAAGAAGAUGUCCACCCCUAUUGAAGUGCUGUGCAAAGGCUACCCCUCUGAAUUUGCCACAUACCUGAAUUUUUGCCGCUCGCUGCGCUUCGAUGACAAGCCCGACUACUCCUACCUGAGACAGCUCUUCAGGAACCUGUUCCACCGCCAGGGCUUCUCUUACGACUACGUGUUCGACUGGAACAUGCUCAAAUUCGGUGCCAGCCGGGCUGCAGAUGAUGCUGAGAGGGAGCGCCGGGACCGAGAGGAGCGAUUGAGACACUCCCGGAACCCAGCCACCCGCGGCCUCCCUUCCACAGCUUCUGGCCGCCUACGGGGAACCCAGGAAGUGGCUCCCCCCACGCCCCUCACCCCUACCUCACACACGGCCAACACCUCUCCUCGGCCUGUCUCUGGCAUGGAACGAGAGCGAAAAGUGAGCAUGCGGCUGCACCGUGGGGCCCCCGUCAACGUCUCCUCCUCCGACCUCACGGGCCGGCAAGACACCUCUCGCAUGUCCACCUCACAGAAUAGCAUUCCUUUCGAACACCACGGCAAGUAGCUGCUCGUCUCCGUUGGAAGGCAGCACUGGAUUCCCGGUCGGGUGGCUUCCAGUGGUCUUCAGUCUGUCGUGCACCGAUGAGAACUCUCCUUUUUGCUGUGAAGGGCAGACAAUGCAUGGCUGAUCUACUCUGUUACCAAUGGCUUUACUAGUGACACGCCCCCCGGUCUAGACCCGAAACGUUAACGCCGGGAGCUCUCCAGGCCACUCACCCAGCGACGCCCAUGGGGAAUCAAAACACAAACUAAACGGACAGGCUCCACGAGCAGCCAUCGCCAGGGGCUGCCACCCUGCCCCCACGUGAGCUCGGUUUUCGCGGGUCUGGGAAGAAGAGCAGAGUGUGGGAGACCAUUGCAGAGAACCAGACUCCAGUCAAGAGCCUCUGGGCUCCCUCCGGUGGUGGCGACCUGCGCCCCCUGCCGAUCCCACCGCAGCUCCCGUCUUCUACUUGGUUAAGACAGUUUUGUAUCAUUUUGCUAAAAAUUACUGGCUUAAAUCUGUGUAAAGAAAUCUGUCUUUUUAUUGUUUCCUUCUUGUCUGUUUUUGCGGUCUUGGGAAAAAAGAAAGAUGUUGACCUUGAAGAGCCCUCGGGCCGGCGCUCAGAGGUGGAGGUGGCAGAGGAGCCCACGUGUUUUGUUUUCUAGUGUUGUGCUGUCUGCUCUGGAGAUUCUCAUCAGAAGUUGUGUGCGUGUGUGUGUGUCCUGUGGGUCCCAUCAGCCCACGUUCGGCGUCUUGCUUUCCCUUCCCCACUGUACGCUGAAAUUCCGGAUUGGGGCCACCACGUGAGGGUGCCAGGCGUGGCCUUCCCAGAGGAAGCGGACCAGUCGCCAUGUGGCGCGCUCCCACAGACAGGCCUUGAAGGCAAGGCCCGUGUGUGGUCGGGGCGCUGUGUCUGGUUAUUCUGAGGUGUGUUGAAAGUGCUACCAUACAGAUGGCGCUGGUCUGCUGUCACCUUUCUCUCUCAAAGCCAAGGAGCAGGCUGCCCUGGGCACCACGGCUUGUCCACAAGACACCCGUUGAAGGGAGUCCACCUUGAAGUGCCACAUGGCAGGCAACCGCCCACCCACUUCCGUGUCACUCCUGCCGCUGGACGUCUGGGUGGGUGAGCGGGGUGCUGGGCAGCCCUGCCGGGCUCUUCCCUCCCUCCUCCACCCUGCCUGUCACGCACGGCACGUGGAGGGGAGGGGCGGGGGGAGGGGGUGUCUGAAACCAGGCGCAGUGCACACUGCGGGGAGGGGGAGUGUCGCCUCCCUCUCUUCGGGCAUCCUGUGCGGAAUUCUGCUGUGAACUGGGCUCUAGGGUUGGGCCUUCAGGACUUCCGCGGCUCCCUGCUUCUCAGCAUUGGCCCUGGGCUGGCCGCUGGGGUGUGAUGGGGCCAUCGCUAGCUGUCUGUGUUAGCCUGUGGGUGCUUUCUAAUCCCGAGUCCUUGCCCUGGACAUGUAGGGAUGCAGGUCUGGAAAUGCAUGGGGAGCUUGGGGUUGGAGAAACUUGGACGUGUACUGUUGCAAAUCCUUGGUCAGAGCUGGGCUUCCUCUCUGGGUGAGCCGCCAGUGGCAGUCCCACAUGGUGGACGUGCAUUGUAGACGUGCAGGUGUCCUGCGGCCGGGCCGGGCCGGGCCUGGAAGCGCACCUGCCCCGAGUUGUCCAGGACAUGGCUGUGAUGGUUCUUGCCUAAUAUUUAACCCCAUCAUCACUUGCAGGAGACGUAGUUAGAAUGUGUAUCAACCUGUGUCUUGGUGACCAGUCUGAGCUGUGCGUUUGUACUACCACUGUAUUUGUGUACCUUAACAAUUGUGUACAUAAUAAAUUCAUAAUGACUUCUACCUUUC